AUGCCAUUGGCUGCUCUUACACCUGUCCUAAAUGAUUUACUUCAUAAAGGAGCUAGUAAUUCAUCACCUAGCCCACAAAAUCAAUCACAACAACAACUAUCAAAUGCAAACGAUACAUCAAGUGGUAGUGAAUACCUAUCUAAAGGGCCUCUUCUUGGUCAAUCAUCUAAUGCUACCAAUCCACUAUCGUUGUCUUCGAUCGAUGAUCGAACUCCUGAUACACUUACGAUGGCUAAAUUCAAAGCAAGCAAGACUUCUCUAAAACGGGAAGACUCAUUUUUAAGAAAAUUUUCUAAUCGUUAUGGUUAUCGAGGAUUGGGCACGAUGGCAAAAAAGUUGCAUUUCUUAUGUACUGUUUGGUUUUUUCUUGCAGAACCGUCAAAAAGAAGUCUUCGAAUAAAUCUGGAAAAUGAUGAACCCAUUAAAUCUCGUUAUUUAUUUAUCCGACGAAUUCUUCGUUCAUGUAAUUACUUUGUUAUAUCAACAGAUGAAUCUUUUUUAUUUUAUUGGUUAAUUGUAUUAAACAUAUUUGUAUUGUAUAACCUUUGGUUUCCAAUUGCACGCCAAGCAUUCGAACCAUUGCAAAGAGAUUAUUCACAAAUAUGGGAAAUUAUCGAUUAUGUAGCCGAUGCAAUUUAUUUUGUUGAUAUUGCUAUUCAAUUUCGGACCGGUUAUCUUGAGCAAGGUUUACUUGUUUAUGAUCAUUAUAAAUUAGCAAUGAAUUAUGUUCGUUCAUCUCGUUUUAUUUUUGAUAUUAUAUCACUAACACCAUUAGAUUUAUUGCAAUUGAAAUUUGGUUCAAUACCGAUUCUUCGUUUUCCACGUUAUUUUAAAGUAUAUCGAACAUUUCAAUUAUACUAUUUACAAGAAUCACGUACUGUUUAUCCGAAUACAUAUCGUGUACUAAAUCUUCUUCACAUACUUCUUCUACUUGGACAUUGGUUAGCUUCAUUUUAUUUUAUGGUUUCGAAAGCUGAAGGUUUUGUUGGAUAUUGGUCGUAUCCGAAACCUGUUGGAAAUUUCUCUCAACUAACUAAAAUGUAUCUUCGCUGUCUUUAUUGGUCAACAUUAACGCUAACAACAAUAGGAGAUUUACCACCACCAGAAACGAAUUGGCAGUGA